UCUCCCCCGGUGGCGUCUUCUGCGGCCGGUCGCCCUCUGCGACUCCACUUUCCCGAAGACCACUUCGGUUACUUGGUUAUUUAUAGGAACAACACCGAGCGCAGACACGCGCAGAUUUGGAGGCGGAGGAAUGGCGGCGAGGAACGGGAGGUGGCAGCCGCCGCCGGCGCCGACGAUACUCAACCUGCCGCGGCUCCCCAGGAGGUCUCGUGCGGCAGCACCGCGAAAUCCGGGAUUGGACCGGAACGUCGGGGAUCUCCCGGACAGGGAGCGGAGUGCAAGGCCGCCGCCGCCGCCGCCGCCGCCGCCGCCCCCGCAGGUGAUGAUGGUGGAGGCCGAGGCGACGUCCGCGGGCGAGAGCAGGGGGGACUCGGGUGGCGAGGAAAGGUGGCGGUUCCAGGCGGAGAUACUUCGAGCGGAGUGUAACUUCUUGAGAAUGGAGCGGGAGGUGGCGCUUCGGAAGCUCGAGAGGAACCGCACCGAGAUGGAGAUCGCAUUGAAAUCCGCCAUGGAAACCCUAGUCUCGGGGAGGAAGAAGAUCGAUGGGUGCGGAAGCGUAGGGACAGCAUUGGACGAGGAGAUCGAGGAACUGGAAGAGAAGCUGGAGGAGCUCAAGUUGGGGAAUAGCAACAGGCGGAAGAGGAGCACGGGAAGCUCGAGAAAGCUGCUGCGAGGUAGUUGGGGAGGAGACUUCGACCGGCGAGCGUUCAUGCUCCGGCGGCAACUGAAGAAGAUGGAGGAGGACACCAGCGUGAAGGACAUACAAGAGAUUUCUGUGCAAGCCUUCGCAAACAAAGGUCCAGAAGCAGAGCGGCAUCAACCAGAGGAUCACGACGUCGCGGCUUAUUCGAAUCAGAGUCGGCUGUUUACCGACGACAUGGAGAAGCUGAGGAAGAAGAUGGAGGGCAUGUCCAAAGGGAUGUUGGAGAGGAUGGAGGAGUGCAGCUACUUGCUCUCUGCCAAAAGCAGUACCAUCACCACCACCACCACCACCAAAAGCGAGUUGAAUUGCAGCAGCCAACAAACAACUGGGAUCACUGAAGCAGCAGACAUGGCACACAGCCCCAUCCUCCAAAUCCAGCAGCAGCAGCAGCAGGAGAAGCUGGUGGAGGAAAAGAUGGGGCUGCUGAGCUGCUGCAGUUGCAAGGAGGUCGUCGGGCGAAUAGUGCAGCAGGUGAGGGCCGAGACGGAGCAGUGGAGCGAGAUGCAACAGAUGCUGGAGCAAGUAAGGGUGGAAAUGGAGGAGCUCCGGUCCUCCAGAGACCACUGGCACCGACGAGCCAUCGCCUCCGAGAUCAACUUCCACUCCCAGCAUACGCAAAAGCUCGAGUGGAAGCAAAGGGCGAGAUCCUCCGAGCGGAAGGUGAUCGAGCUGCAGAAACUAUCGAAAGAGCUGCAGCCACGGCGGACCAAGCUCCUCAAUGCCCCCUCGUCGUCAUCCCCUCUGCAGUCGGACCUACAACUGCCUGCAGAUCCACGAAGGGCGGUGAGAUCGCAUGACUCGUACAACGAGAAGGAGAAGCACGUUCUGGUGUGCCAUCUGAAGUCGCAGCACAACUCGAGUAGACGCUCGCCGUUGCAGGUCAUCGACAACAUUUCUCCACUUCUCAGACCAAGACGCUGAGCAUGGAGUUCGGGGUGAUGGGAGGCACGAACACAGACAUAUAGGUCGGGAG